AGCUUGCAAGUAAUACCAGUACCUCUCCUUUCAGACCAACAAUUGGCACUUUUAUUUUCAGUUACUGUGCAUGAAUUCAAGCACUGGAUUCCUGUUGUGUGUAAUUCACAGCAGCUUAAGGGGAAUUUAGGAGUGGGACAGCCAAACCAAUUUUAAAAUUAGAGAAGGCAACAGAAUACUUCUCCAACUCCUACAACCUUACCUCAAACACCUGAAAACCCUAACAGGUAAUCUUGUUAAAUAUAUGUAGGGUAGGGUAUGCUUCUUUUCCAAGCUUUUGCUAGGGAAAACCCCUGUGUGCGCUCUCAGUUAAAUGGGAGCACACUGCAAAGACUUUAUUUAAGCAACCGGUCCCACAGAGCUGAGCUCAGGUGCACUGUGACCCUCCAAACACCUACGGCAGUGACAAAUGUUUCCCACGAGGAAGAAAUUAGUCCUUCUUUUAGGAGAGUGAAGCAGGUUUUUCUCCCAAUUGAGGAAAAAGAGCAUUUCCUAGACAGACCCAUCACGAGGUUUUCCGCCCUUGCGCGGGUCUCCUCAGCACCCCGUCGCAGAGGGGUGCGCGGGAAGCCUGGCCUCGCCCUAAAAUCCUCGGAGGGCACAGCGUGCCAGAAAGCCUCAGGAACACUAAGUUAACCCAAAAUGAGUGAAACCGCCCCUCCGCCCCGGCUUGCGGCGCCUCUCGCGAGAAGGGAAGCGCCCGCCGCCCUGGCAACGGUCAGCGGCCAUGGAGGAGUCGGCGAUCUCUGAGGCGUCCUUCUGCCUGCAGAAAAUUACAAUAACAGACUACUCUAAAGAUGAUUAUCAGUACGAAGAGGUUCCAGCAGAUGAUGAGUUUAGUCUUCAGGAAGAUGACGAGGAUCUGUCAAAGGCUCUGCAGACUAUUCAAGAGCAGACUGAAGAUGCCCACAUUUUAGCUUUGCAAUCAGUUCUGACCUCAGAGAAAUCAGUGUCUGAAAUACCUGAAGCGAUGGAUGACUUCUUCUGCAAUUUUCUGGUCAGACUGGGGAUGUCUAGAACCCUCGACUGCUUCCAAACUGAAUGGUAUGAGCUGAUAGAGAGAGGUGCCUUCACAGCCAAAGAUGUCGGACUGGUGCCAACUGUGUAUACCCAGAACCAGCAACUUCAGGCUGAGAACAUGUGUUUGAGGAAAGAUCUGGACAACUAUAAACUUGCUGCUAACAAAGCAAAAGAGACUUUCUUAAAAAUGCAGAAAGAACGUGACUUCCAUCGAAUGCAUCAUAAGCGAGUGGUCCAGGAGAAAAACAGGCUUAUCUGUGACAUUAAAAGGCUGAAGGCACAUUAUGCAUCCUAUGAACCAGUGCUGAAGCAGCUGACUGAAAAAUACCAGACUACACUGAGACAGAAAAUGUUAACUAGUUUGGAGAGAGACAGAGCAGUUGGACAGGUUACAGGUUUACAAGCUACAUUACAUAACUUAGAGUCUGGAUAUGCAGUUCAGAGUCCUGUGACAAAAGCAGGCCAUGAAUGUGAAAGGAAAAAAGGUUUAGAGGGUCCCACCCAGAAAGCUCUUCAGGAAGCCAGGCAGCAAAAAAUGCUUGAUGCUGAAAGGUCUUCAUAUGGUCCAGUUAAAGAUUCUGCGAAGAUAGGCAAGAGAUAUCCAAAGGAUUCAGAGUUUCCUGUAGAUACUCAGGCAAACUCAUUCCUUGCUCGUGCUAAAGAAUGUACUCAACCCCUGAAGUCUGGAGAGUAUAAACUGGGGAACACUCUAAAAGUGCACGACUUACCAGUGAGCUGCCUGGCCAUACAUCCCCAAAAAGAUGUUGUAGUCACCGGCAGUGAUGACCGCCUCUGGAAAAUGUGGGCUUUACCUGAUGGGAACAUCAUCAUGACAGGUGAAGGUCACACUGAUUGGCUUUCGGGCUGCUGCUUCCAUCCAAGUGGCACCCAGUUGGUCACCUCUAGUGGAGAUGCAACAGUGCGGAUCUGGGACCUUUCAAAGGGUGGAUGCAUUCUGACUUUGCAAGGACAUGCCCAAGCUGUAUGGGACUGCUCGUGGCAUUCCUGUGGUGAUUUUGUGGCUUCUGCCUCUAUGGACAGCACCAGUAAAAUAUGGGAUGUGAACAGUGAGAGAUGCAGAUACACUCUGCGUGGCCAUAAAGAUUCGGUCAAUAGCAUCGAAUUCCUUCUGUUCUCCAACAUGGUUCUCACAAGCUCUGCUGACAAGACUUUAUCUCUCUGGGAUGCCAGAACGGGUUUCCGUGUUCACACGUUCUACGGUCACCUGCAUUCGUGUAACCAUGCUACGUUCAACAUGAAAGGUGAUACGAUCGCUUCCUGUGACUCCCGCGGCAUGCUGAAGCUCUGGGACAUUCGGCAGUCAGUCCCCAUCAUGUCCAUCGAUGCCGGCCCCCGUCCUGCCAAUCAGGCUGCCUUUGAUUACUCUGGUCGCGCCAUGGCUGUGGCGAGCGGCGACGGAUCUGUGAAGGUGCUGUACCUGGAGCUGGGACAGCUCUCCAGCCUGCGGGGCCACAGCGAGGAAGAAGUGCACAGUGUUGCCUUCGAUCACAAGGCAGGGCGGCUGCUUUCGGGGGGUGCUGACGGUACGCUUUGCCUCUGGACCUGAGGACCAGCAUGCUGUUUUCACGUAACCUUAACCUCGAGGAUUUACAGGGGGGAAAAAUGAUUUGACAGCGUUGCAGAGAGGGCUUAGUGAAGUGUUUCCGUAGUUAAUGUUUUCAGGGAGCAUAAGUGCCUGAGAGGAGCAUUAUUCUGCAUUUUAUCCGAAUAAAAUCCCUGGUUUCUCCCU